CUUCUGAAUCCAUCGCGCGUUGGAACGCGAUCCCACUUUCUAGACAUGAACCAGACUCAAGCCUGAAGCGAUCCAGAGACGCCUAUGACGAACAUGAUAGCGCCGGCGUCAACGAAACCAGCAUAAAUGACCGCGACGUCGAUGAUCCCGACGCAGACAACCCUUUUGCCAGGGACCAAGCAGCCAUGGAGAGCGAAGACGAAAUGUCGAUCGCUUCAAGGACGCCUUCGCCUCCUCCCCAGGGCCGCGGAGACGGAAUGGACAUCGACAAGUAUGAUGAGUAUGUGGGUGGGGUGGCUAGGGAGACUAUCACGGUUGAGACGAAGUUGAAGCCUACGAACAAGGGGUUCGCGAUGUUGGCGAAGUUGGGGUGGACGGAGGGUCAGCCGCUUGGAAUCUCUGGCGAGGGACGCGUUGAUCCGAUUCCGUUUUAUGUGAAGAAUGAUUUGACAGGGCUAGGUAAAACUAGCCAGGACGUGCGCAUGAUAGAGACGACCGUGUCGCAGCGCAGGGAACUCGACUCCGAACGUCAAGUGAAAGAAACCGAAGACCAACGUCUCGCACGAGAAGACACCGUCGCCCGCCGUGCUGCCCUCCAAUCCGAAAUCAGCAGCACCCUCCGCCCAUUCUACUGUUCUGUCUGCGACAAACAAUUCCAGAACGUCGCUCAAUACGACGAACAUACGAACUCGUACGCGCACCACCACAAGGUUCGUUUCCGGGACAUGCAGCUCGCCCAGCGUCAAAAGCAGAACACGCAGGAAGAGGUGGACAAGCGCAAGGAGAAGGAGAGAAAGCGCGAAGAGAAAGAGCUGAGGAAGAUGGCAAAGGCGGCAGGGAUCAAGCUUGCGAAGCCCGUUGGGUCUGGAGCUGCAGCUGUCCCUGUUGCCCCUGCUUCGUCGUCCUCGGCCUCGGGUUCCAACAACGGGUGGGCCACGGCCACUCCAAGCAACCAGGCGCAGUCCCCAGCACAACCACCUCCACCGCCACCACCUACCGCAGCUCGGCCUUCAGGCUCGGGGUGGGCAUCUCUCCCAGGGCCUGCACCGCCCGCACAAACACCCCCACCCCCACCUCCAGCUCCGGCCUCUCACUCUCACGGCUCAGCACCCACGUUCCGCACAGGAGGCUGGUCCAACCUCGAUACGACAACUGGACCUCCUUUACCCCCACCGCCUGCACCUGGCCCUGGUCCUGCUCUUUCCCCUCCACCUCUUCCGCAAAGCCAUGCAACACCACCGCCACCACCGCCACCCUCCAUGCCUCCCUUCCCUCCAUCCGCACCGACCUCCAUGCCACCAUUUCCACCAUCGACGAUCCCAAUGACUCAUCCCCCACACCCGCCUCCCCCUUCCGCUCCUCGCUCAUUCCAGCCUUUACCUCCCACUCCCACUACCGCAAUCCCUCCUCCCCCACCGCCCACAUCGUCCCAAUCUAACGCACGCCCUACCCAACCUCCCCAAUCCACAUCCUCUUGGGCGCCCGCCUCCUCUACCGCUGCUGCUGCUGCUGCUCCUCAUCCCGAGACCCCAGCCGCACCUCCCCCGACUCCUCAAUCCACCUCAACCUCAAACGCUACUGGUAUCACCCCCGCGGUCGCGCCAGCCAUCGUACCAUCGGGUCCUCCGCUGGGUGGGACCGGCAGCAAGAAGAGUUCGAAGUCGAAGAAGAAAGAGGCGGAGGCGAGGGAGAGUUCGAGGUCGGGCUGGCAGGCUUUCCAGAAGGGAGGGCGGAAAGGGUGA